CUUGCCAUGACGCUGAUUACUGUUUCCGAGCUCCCAUCGGCCAAUCCAUUCUUGAACCUGGUCUGUCCAGGAUUCCAGUUUCUAGACCAGAAUGUCCACUACGUGUUGAAAGAUCGAGCCGAAUGCUCCGUAAAUUGGCCCAUUACUGGCACCAACACCACAGCAAAACUCCACAACUCGUACUUGAACAUCGCUCGUCCGCCCCUUUCGCCACAUUCGAACGAGUCCAAUACCUACGUGUCGUUGCCCUACCACGUCACCAGCUUAUUCCGCAAAAUCGUCGACACCAAGGACAAAAAGCUGGAGGGAAACAUGCACAUCGGUGCCAACAUCAAUGCCUUGAACCACGACCCGUUCAAGAUCAUCAACUUGAAUCCAGGGUGCAUGACGGAAAUCAUCGACAUCAACAACCACUAUGGACGCAGCUACGAGCCAGAGGCACACACCAGAAACCCGUUCAACAAGCUCACCAACAACUUCAACAAGCUCUUGAAGUUGUCUGCGUCGUCGCUGAGCCACCACAGCGUGCCUGGCGAGGACUUCCACAGCUUGGUGCAGUUGCAUGAGGCCAAGGUCCCAUCGAGCGUAUUUCCAGGCAUAAUCGACAAGAUCUUGCUGUUCAACCCCGAGACCUACACCAAGGAGCUCCAAUCGCCAUCCACCGCCAAAUUGUUGAUCUCGUCGCAUGUCAACGUGUUGAACGUGAUCGCCAUUGGCUCCGAUUCCAACUACAAAUCCACAAAAGAAAUCGUCACCUCCGACCCAUUAAUACCGUACCAGGAUGAAACUGGCGAGGCCAGUUUGUCUACGAAAUCGAUUGAAAACUCCCAGCCUGCGUCCGAGUCCAAAAAAGUGGUAGAGGAGCCACUCUUAAGAGUCCAGUUCCGUAACAAUUCUGUCAUCACAGCCAUAAAGUCGUUCGUGUGGAAAGAAAAGGAUCCCAUCGUGAUUCUUGGCUUGGAUUCGGGUGAGGUGGUUAUCCUCAAUUUGUCCCAGUUAAACUAUCAAGUGUUUGAUGAUCUUGGCUUGGAAAAGCCUGCUGGCCAGCAAUUGCACGAUAAUACUUCCAUCAAAUCUGGCCACAAGGUCUUGACCCACCCCGAUUAUGAGUUUUUGAUAGUGGCAGGAUACUCCAAUGGAGAAGUGUUGAUAAUUGAUCCCUAUGCUCCACACCAAUCUGAGCAAAGGUCAGAAGAAAAAUUCAAAAAGUCAGGAAGCGUGUCCUCAGCGAGGUACACCAAGAAGGUUGUGGGUAUAGAUGCCCACGUCACGUACUUCAAGAAGUUCGACUUGAGCUUGUUUGCCAAGGGCCAGAUAUCUCCACCCAGCGAGGAUCAGAUAUACUAUCCCUACUAUCUUGUUGGGCAUUUCAAAAUCAGCCACAAGCCCGUGACUGCUAUCACGUCUACAAUUCUGCAUAAGGAAGACGACCCGGUCAAUUUCCACCAGACUCCUCUUAUUUUGGCAAUUGCCUGUGACGACGGAUUUGUGAGAUUUAUUGACUUCAUGUUCACCUACAAUUGUAACUAUGGUGAUGCAAACAACAAGACUCACAGGUCCAUCUUGACUGAUACCAUUUCGAACUAUUUCAACAACGGAGUCACUGACAUUCAGUUCUCCCCAGAUUUGAAAUUUUUCUGCGUCGUGGGCCAAGGAGACUUGAUCGAGGUUUUUAAGAUGACGUACUAUAAUGUCAACGGUUUGCUUAGCAAAAAUAGCACCUCUCUCAGCAAGGCCCAAAGUCACACCAACAUGAGUAUUUUAAAUGGAAAUAUCACCGGGAGGAGAUCUAGAAGUGGCACUGUCAACAGUGUUAACUCAUCUAACCAAGCCACCAACAAUGCCAGUCUAUUCUUAUCUCCUCACAGCAUUACUCCUUCCAACAGUAUGGAUAUCUCUAGGAAUGAUCAGUCCUCGAGAGCUCCCGGCGUGAGCACGAAGGAACUGAACCCUCCUGUGAUAAAGAGUAUUAAGAUAGUUGCCAGACUCAAGAGCCAUACAAAUACUGUCAGAAAAGUAAAGUUUGUCAAGGAGAAUCUCUUUGGCGGGGGCGAGUUAGAAACUACUAAUAUUCUGGUCUACAAAUUAAUCAGUUGUGGCUUCGAUGGCAAGGUGAUCAUUUGGGAGUUUGACUACAAGGCAUUAUCUAAGCUCAAGGUCCCUAGGCCAAAGGAAAAGCAGAAAGACCAGGAACAGAAGGAAAAGGAGCCCAAAGAAAUAAGAAAAUCAAGAUUGGAUGGUGAGCUUGUGGAGCAAUCCAGCGAGUUGGUGAGCUCGUUUUACCGCUCCCUCUAUGAUAUCAGAUUCAAGAGACACUAUAAAUCCUUGACCAAGAAUGGCAAACUCAAGAACGUCAACUUUGGGACCUUGUUUCAUCCUAUUAUCGAUGAUAAAUUGGUUCCUUCUAUUGAAAUCCCAUUAUUGUCAUUGGACCUUUCCAAUUUGGUUCACGAUGGUAAGAUCGACGGGUUCCACUUAGAUCCCAUGAACUUCUGGUGCUACGGUAAGAAUGGGGAUAUUUUCCGGUAUGUUAUUAGUUGA